UAAUAGAUGCUGAUGACGUUCCUCCCGUGCGGGGUCCGGCUCUACUCUGAUUGGUCCGUUCAAAGUCUAUGGCGGUUUACGGGCCGGGUUCCGCGCGCGGCAAUUUUCGUGACUCUUCCACACUCGGACCUGGCGGUGAAUAUUUCGUUUACGAGUUUUCAAAGAGUUAGAGUAGCUCCGGAGACGAGGGCAGACCAGACGGCGUGGACAUGGCGCCCAAACGGCGAGCAGUCAAGAAAUCGACACGGGCACAGAAAUCGGGCACGUCCAUGAGCAAUGACGUGACCAGGGAACAUUACAAGGUGAAGCAGGAGAAACUGGCGGGCUUCAUUGCAGACUUUGGCCUGGCAGUUGAGGAGCAUCUGGCCAUGAUAACCAACGUUUUGAAUUCCUACCUCGUUCAAGUGGACAAGGCACACAUCAACCUCCUCAUGAAGGCUCCGGGCUCCUUGUUGAACACAAAUUAUCUCAAGUUGAAAAGUAUUCACAGUGCCUAUUAUAGGAAAGACGAUGCAGUAUCCGACGAUGGGAUUGAUACAACGGGCGAGACGGUAAACAGAUGUCCGGAGCAAUCUUUGGUCGUCAACGCGAAAGCGACAAAAGCGGAGUUGCUGCCUUCCACCAAGGCCGGCGGUGGCCAAGGCUCCAAAUUAAUUUCAACCAUGAAGAGGAGACAAACCAAAAAGGCUACAAACAUCACGGAAAUGAAGACUCGCUUAACGUCCCAGUCGAUGAAGAAGAGGACUUCGGAAAGGCUCUUGAAGGCUCAGGCGACACCGGUUUUGGGCAAAGAGAGGUACCUUGUGCCCAACUCAACCGGCCUGAGCAUGUCCGUAAAGAAGUACCGGCUCAGCUCCAGCAUGACGUGGACAUCGGGCGUGCAAAUCUCACAGAAUGGAGAGCCUUUGAACGAACAGCCCACCAUCAACCUGCCCUUGGCCGACGGUCAGGUCCUGUCAUGUCCUUUGGACACCCCGCUGGAUGAACUGAUUGUGAAUUUGGACAGCAAAUCGCUGCAUACAAUGACACAACUGCGGGAUUAUCUCAACCGCAUCUGCAGCGAAGUCACGGCCAUGACGAGUCCCGAGUCGCGCCCGAGGGUUCCGUAGGGGAUGCCUGCUGUGGCCCGUGGCCAACUCGGAAGAGACAAUAUACUGACACCUCCAUGUAAAGUAAAAAAAAAAAAACGAAUCCGCAGCGAAGCACAAUAUAUCUGCAUUCCGGUGUAACUUGCGUUACAUUGCCUGUGAGCAUCGCCAAGAUUGUCAUUCGGACUGUAUUCGACGCAAUCUGACGCAGUCAUACGGUGUUUAUUUUCGAUUUUAAAACGACCUUUUCCACGCGCAGCGUUGCCGUAGCUUUUCGGAGCUAAGGUAUUGCGAAUGUGGCUAUGGGAGGUGGGAUUUUGCAUUGUGCCGCGUGCAUUGACGCGGCGUGCCCCGUGGCGGUGAGACAGGCCGGCGUGAUGCUGUCUCUUGUCGCACGCAGAGUUGGUUGCAAAAACCUUUGCACGGGCAUGUCCAUUUGUUUUUAGAAGUCUUCCUGUUGGCCCAGUUUAUUGUUGUUGCGAUUAAACAAUGUGUGAAAAUGGUUGAGCUGCGAAUGGCUCCACGUGGCAUUCUAGGACCUGUGUUCUUAAUUCCCGAACCUUAACGCAUCAACGUUACGAUGGGCCUAUGCAAACUUUUCUUUUUUGCAUCGGCGCAUUUCUAAGUCUUAGCAGUGCCCACGGGUGCUUUACACGAUUUAAUAGCGACAACUAAUUUUUAUCUGGUCAAUCGCGUGGGUGAAGUUUUACAAGCAUCUCUCGCGGCUGCGAAGUGGCCAGGAGAAAAGCGGGGCACCAGCUGUAUUCGUUACCCCAUUCCAUGUCCCCGUGUGUUCAUGGAGCGUUUGCCUAUAAUCAUGCCUUGAAAAUCGAAUUGACCAAAUCCAAACUCGGCACUCUUCUUACACACCUGAAAGUAUUGUGACUUUCAUGUUUUUUUUUAAUAAAUUGCAUAAUUGUUUU